CGCCCUCGCCUCGCCUCUCACGCACGCACAGCCCAACCCCACAGGCCACAGCCAGAAGGAGCCAUAAGACACACACCAGCCAGGCAGCCCCCGCACCGAAACCUCGUCGCGUCGCGCGGAAGGGAGGGAGGAGAGGGGUGCGCGCGGGUGGGAAGGGAAUACAGCUGCGGAAUCCUCUCGUCAUCCGCCACCGCUCCACCGCGCUAGCUAAACCCUCUCUCCUCCGCGGGCGGCGCGCCGGGCUCCGGCGCCGCCUGCUUCCUUCCCGGCCCCCGCGACACUCCCGCCGCGAGGGGGAAACCCUAGCAGCGGCAGAUCUCGCGCGGGCGCUCUCGAUCCGGCCGAUUCGGCCGGGGAAAUGGCGGACGACGGGGCGCCGGACGCGGAGGAGCGGCCGCAGCAGCUGCAGGACCGGCUCAGGGAGGUUGGGGAACGCCUGCAGGCGCCGCCCGACGAAGCGGAGGACCUGCUCAAGCUCCUCAUAGAAGUUGAGGAGUGUUUACUUAAAGUAGAGCAAUCACCUCCUGAAAGCACAUCAAAUGCUAUGCGAGCAGCAACUGAAGCGCUGGUCAAGAAAGAGCUGGUGGGCCAUACUGACCCAGAUGUCAGGCUUGCUGUGGCAUCAUGUAUCUCUGAGAUCACAAGAAUCACGGCACCUGAUGCUCCAUAUGAUGAUGAUGCAAUGAGGGAUGUAUUCUCUUUGAUUGUGGGUGCCUUCCAGAAUCUCGAUGACACAGAAAGCCCCUUGUUUGCAAGGAGAUUGUCAAUUCUUGAUACUGUUGCAAAAGUCCGGUCCUGUGUGGUGAUGCUAGAUCUUGAAUGUGAUGAUUUGAUAAACGAUAUGUUCCAUCACUUCUUGAGGACUGUUUCUUCUGAACAUUCAAAUGCUGUCAUCUCCUGCAUGGAAACAAUAAUGAGAUUGGUAAUUGAGGAGAGUGAGGAUGUCCAACCACAGAUUGCAUCUUGCUUACUCCAAAAUGUUAGAAAAGAGGACAAGGAAUCUUCUUCGCCUUCUUUUGAACUUGCUGAGAAGGUUAUAGGCGCGUGCCGGGAAAAACUAAAGCCAGUCUUUCUGCAAUCACUAAAAGGCACUUCCUUGAGUGAAUACAGCCAAAUCGUUGCAUUAGUUUGUGAAGAGGGUUCAGAUGACAGGGAAGAAAAUAAUGCUGAUCCUUCUGGGAAGGACACGGUGGAUGAUGGCAAACUAUCUGAAAGAACUAUUUCUGAUGAAUUACCACAGGAAUCUUCGAAGGCGGAGCAAGAUAUUAGCCGUCCUGAACAAGAUGGUACUUCUAUGAAUGGUAAUACGGCUGCUGCUAUUAGCAGUGAUGCAACUCCAGCUGACACAGGUGAGUCUAAUCAAGUACUACCUUCCACAAAAGAGAAGUUUGAACAACCUUGCUAUGCUGAAAACAUAGUGGAUGCUGAUCAGUUGAAUUCUGGCAACCAUGAAGGUGCAGAUUCCAUUGCUGCAGAACCCAAAAAGAAGUCGUCCCUUGAUUCAGACAAAAGUAUUAAGCCCAAUCCAUCGGAUAAAUCUGAAGCAACUGAACAUUCUGGUUCUGAUACUAAAAAAGAAGAUAUUGUAGCAUCUGGAGAGGAGGGGACCAACGGAGCAGCUGAUGAUACAUCAAAGCCUGCUGAUAUUACACCUGUUAAGCCAAGACGAGGCCGACCUCCUGGGCCAAAGUCAUUGGAGAAGAAGGCUGCUGGAAAGAACAAACCUUCAAGAUUUUCUAGUGAUUCAGCAGGGAAGUUAACAAAAAGAUCAGCUAAGGAUGAGGUCAAGUCUUCUGUAAAAAAGGCUGGUGAGGCAGAGUCAUCUAAGAAGCCUCAAAAGAGCAGUUCGAAGCAGCAGAAGGAUGAAACUCUUUCUGAGGAAGAUCCUGCCAAGGAUCUGAGCUUAAAGGAAAUGAUCUCACCGAAGUCUUCGACCAAGGGGCCAGGUAGAACCAAAGGACAAAGCACAGAGAAUAGCACACCUAAGAGGAAGCAGGAACAAGAGACUGAAGAGCUUCCUCGUUCAAGGAAAAACAAAGGCCUUGAUGGAAGCCUAGUUGGUGCAAGGAUCAAAGUUUGGUGGCCAGAUGAUAAGAUGUUCUACAAUGGUGUUGUGGAGUCAUUUGAUUCUGGUUCUAAAAGGCACAAGGUUGCAUAUGAUGAUGGGGAUGUAGAGGUACUACUUCUCAGGGAUGAAAAGUGGGACUUUAUCAGUGAGGACAAAGGAGCUUCUGUGGCAUCUCAAACUCCACGAGGCCGAAAAAGGAAAGGGGAUGCAGUGAAGGAAGAAAAUACAGAGACACCUAAAAGCGAUGCUGUGGAUCCUCCAAAGAAAAGGGGACGUCCCAAAGGUGUGCGAUCCACCAAUGGGGCACCGAAUGACAACAGCUCUGCUACUCCAAGCACAAAGGGGAAAGCGGCAAGCAAAGAUGUGAAAGAUACGCCUGAAACUGGCCCCAACCUCAAAAAUGAAGUUGAGAAGACCUCCAAGGACAAAGCCAGUGGAUCAACCGAGAAGACAAAGGAUGAAUUGCCUAAAGAUGCUGAUGACAAGAGUGCAAGCAAAUCUAAGGAGGCUAGCAGCAAAGGCAAGGAUUCCAAAGAUGAAGGGAAGUCCACUGAAGGAAAAGGCAGGCCAGGUCGCAAACCAAAAAAUACUCCUGCAGUGAGUGAAGUUGACAAAGAGAAACGGAAGGAGAAAGAUGGCAAGACAGCUGAAACAGAGCAAGAGGCAUCAGCAAAUGCUUCUACAGGAAAGAAGCGCAGAAGGAAGGCUUGAAGUUGGUGGCUAUGAUUCUCUUGUAAAUGGAUCUGCUCCCUAGGUUUGCUCCGUUAGUCAGAGAGGGGUCGGCACUGCACCAUGUAUUAUGGAUUGUAACUCCUGGUUCGGUUGCCUUUUAAACUGUCAUCUGAUUGGGUCUCUAGUGUUUAGGAGUGGUAGCAACAUUUGCUAUAGUUUUAAUGUUAGAAGUAACUUGUUCGUUGUGGUCGGAUGCGUGGUGCGGAGCCUUAACCGGAAUGAAUCCCAUGCUCGCUGUGAGGCCCAUGGCAUCGUGUUGUCAGGAUGGUGUUGUAGCUUCAUGGUGUGAUAUUUAUUGAUAGGCAAUUUAUUCAGUGGAUUUUGUAGCAGAUGCGCCUUCGAAAAAGAUGGUGGGCAAGUUGGCUUU